GUUUACUCCCAGGACAGGACCUCCCCUCCCCCCUCCCGCACCGACACGCCGUCCGACAUGCAGGUGAGCCGCUUCCCUCUCAGAGUCGGCGCGGAUCAUCCGAGCGGCUGGAAGCGGCGCGCUUCGCUCCGCACAGAGCCAAGUUCCCUGCAGGGUUUUAGGAUUCGGGAACCGCCGAGCGUCGGAGCAGGAGGGCUGGAAAAGGCAACAGUGUGGACGGGAAGGUGUGCAGUGUGUUAUCAGAGACUUGUAAACCUGACAUGUGUUCACCGAGUGAGACGGUAACCUGAGUCCUGUCACAGCGGUGUCCAGUAUGCACGCUGUUGCAUCACAGCUUUUAGGCAAAACUGAUGUUAAAGGCAGCUGUUGCCACCCUGCUGUUGCAGCCAUGCUGCUCCUGCUGUUUCUUGGCUUCAUUCCCACAGUGGCCCCUUGCCCACCACACUGCCUUUGUGCCAGUGAUAUCAUUUCCUGCAGUGGGAGCAAUCUGUCCACGUUACCCUUUGGUCUUCCAAGCUACACCACAAGGCUGGACCUGAGCCACAACGCCCUAAGAGCCCUGCAGGUGGACUGGGUUUCCCAACCGUUUCAGCGGCUCACCACACUUGUUCUCAGCUGGAACUCCAUAAGCCAAAUCGAGAUGGCCUCCUUCACUGCGACACCACGUCUCCUCCAUUUGGACCUUUCAUCUAACCAGUUGAGAGUUCUGAACUCAUCUGUCUUCAGAGGGCUGACAGAACUUAAAGAGCUGCUCCUGAUUGGAAACCAGAUUGCCCAAAUAAUGCCGGGGGCCUUUAGUGAUGUCAACAGUCUGCAGAGACUCUACCUCUCCACAAACAGACUAACAUCCUUCCCCCUGGGACUUUUUGAGGACCCUGGUGGACCACAUAACUUGACCUUCCUGGAUCUGUCAUACAACAGGCUGUCCAAAGUACCCGUCCAGAGCCUGCUGUCUGUCAGCCGCCAUGCCGGAAUAUAUUUGCAGGAAAAUCCUUUGCUGUGCGACUGUGCAUUGAUUGCUUUGCUUGAAUACUGGCUUUGGAAACAGUAUCGCCCACUGGUGGAUUUCCAAGUUGGAUACCAAUGUAGAGGCACUGCAGUUCGAGAGGUUAAUUGUACACAUCAGGAUUUGUCAGGCAUACCCCUGGAGGCACAAAGCUAUCGCGUAGAGCCUGGCGAUUGGCUAAGAGUACCCUGUCCUGGAUUAGGUCUUCCUGUCCAGCAAGGGUUGAUUGUCUUCUGGGUUACCCCAAGAACAGCACUGAAUUCCUCAGCAAGUGAUCUGAGUUCUCGUCUGUCGGUUUUUCCCAACGGCACGCUUGAAAUCCAAGGAGCGCUUAUGGAAGACUCUGGCAUAUAUGAGUGUGUGGUUGCUCGGGGACGCUACUACGAUUCAGGUGAAUCUCCAGAAGCCAGGGUCAUGGUUGGUAACUCAAGUGUCUCCUCUACCACGGGCUUGGCUCGUCGCAGCAGCGGUGAACAUUUCAACACGGCGUUCACCACCCUUGCUUCCUGUGUGAUCAGCAUCAUACUGGUCCUGCUCUACCUCUACCUCACUCCCUGCCAGUGUCGGGAAAGUCGGGGCGGUGGCUCCAGGGGCUGUGGCGCACGGGCCAUCAUUCUCUGUUCGGACCCCAGAGAGGUAGAAUCAGGACAAAGGCGUGCCAACGGAAAGAGGGUAGCGUUCUUAGAGCCUCAGGCAGAGGACUCGGAUAUUAACGUCCCAAAAACACCGGUGAUGACAUUGGACCAUAUUUCCACUGAGGGAAUUCUCAAAAAUGGAAGUAGGACAGUGGGACACACCCUGACAGACCCUGCUCAGGAGGUGUAGUGAGGGAAAAGCACCUUCUUAACAACAUUGUACUCUUAAAAGUCUUAUUUUGUGUAUUUGAAGUGGAAGGGAAAAAAACAUUUUAUGUAAAAAGUGAGUUAUGUGAAGUAGCUUGUCCAUUCUGGGUUGGGGAAUUUGUCUCAAAUGCAGUCCUUUAACAGAGUAGAAUUUAAAUUAUGUCUAUUCUCUGUGUGGUGUCUGUUCUAUAUUCAGAGUUCAUAUGGAAAUGUCCCCGUUAUCUCUGAGAAUCGUUCAUGCAUGGAUCACAGAGAUCAUAGAAACGUGGGAGGGCUCUUUUAAAUUGGGCCAGUAGGGAUAUUUUCACACCUGACUGAUGAGUGGAGUUGGAGGACUUUAUCUGUCUACAGUGUCUAGCAUGUGUUCUGGAUAAAAUUAUAGUUUGUCCUUUUUUGUUAACUUUGUUUUUGAUAACUUUGUUGUCUCAUGGAAUUUGUCAUUUUAAAAUGUUCCUUUUGGUUCAGCUAUAAAUCUAUAAAUGUUUCAAAUCAUCAAUCAAAUUUUAAUAUCAAAAACAUCCCAUAAUGACCCACAGAUUAACACAUACUGCAGUUUUGAAAUGACCAUUUCAAUUAUUUAAGUAAAAAAUCUGUCCGAACCAGUCAGACCACAACCCUAAAGGUGAAAAAGUAAACGCCCCCUUAAACUAAUAACUGUUGUGUGACAACAACUGAAAUCAUUGACCUGAAAUUAGUCUUUUACAAAUAAACAUAAUUGUUUUAUUCAGCCAUAUUGGAAGGUUCUUGAGCUUGAACGACCUGAGAUCAUGCGGCAGAAUCUCAAUCAGAUUUAAGUCCAGACUUCGACUAGGCCACUCCACAAUCCUACAUGCAAACUUUUAAGAGACAUUCAGAGGAGGACUCACUGGUACUAUGGAUCAUUGUUCUGUCCAACCAUAAAAUGUUUUCCCAAAAGUCUUGAGUAGUAAUUUGCACAGGGCGUAUCCAGUAAAUUUGAAUUUAGCUCUCCAAAAAAAAAAAAAGUGUUAAACACAGAAAGUUCAUUAUUUUACAAAAUAUGCAACUGUUUUUUUCACAUAGGGCCAGAAAUAACUUUCCUCUUUUAAUAAAUGAACUCAUCAGUGGGAAACUGGCUUUGCAUGCAACAACAUUAUCUUUGAUAUUAGAAUUAGCUUGAUGAUCUGAAACACUUUUGGGUGGCAAAAAAAGCAAAACCUGAAAUGGGCACAUAUUUUUCAUCAGCACAGAUUUUAUAUACAGUCGCUCUUAACUCGAAACCUCAUCUGUUUUUUUUGUUGUUUUUUUUUAGCUCUGUCCAUUUAACUCAACUAGAAUUCAGCGUUGGCUCAAAAUAACACACAAAGCAAUACAUGUAUUAUGUUCACAUAAAAGUGGGCCUAUUGACUCUCAAAUGACAAGUUCAGUGAAAAUUGUUGCUUGGAAAUUUUCAUGGUAAUGUGGGACUGUGAUGCUCGGCUUGCAGAGACACAACGCUGAAGCAUGUAGGAGUAAUCUGUUUUUGCAUUGGUGUGAAUAUGAUCAUGAAGAGUGCCUUUUAUGAGAAACUCAGAAUUAGUUUCAAUGCAGUAUAUUUUAGUGGGAACUUGUCCUGAUAAAAGUUGAUGCAGAUGAAACAGAAGCUGUGUUUCAAAUACAGAUGAACGGCGUCCUCACAGACCAGUCUGUAUUUCUACCACUCAACGUUUUACAAAAUGCUACAAGCCUGUGUUCAUGUGCAGAACAAGACGGAUAUCAGACGAUACAGAUAUCAUCUCUACAGCCAAAUCAAUAGAUCAUAUCUUGAACUCACUGGCAAGAAAAACAGCAGAAAUGCAAUUUUGCCCAUACAGUAGAGAAAAUGACUAUUUGUGAGAAGUUUGAGGAGGCAACACCUAAGGAGUGAUGGUGCCAAAGGCAGUAGCCAGGAAAUCAGUCAGUGACGACAGUAAGUAAAAGUCACCAGACAGUGUUUGCCUUGCAGAUGCAUUAUUAGACAACAUAACUAGUUAGCUAUUACAUAUUUAAGUAAUAUUGCACUAUGUCCAGUAAACCAUCAAGCAACUGAUUAAUCAGAAGUACACACACUCUGCUGUGUGUUCCACCAAUAUUUUUUUUCUGUUAGACAUCUUAUCUAUUCCUAAAAAACAGCAGCUGCUAAACCCCCAUUGUUUUCAAGAAACCAGCUUAUGAAUACCUUUGGAGCCCAUCUGGGUAUGAAAUGUUGUGAAAAACGGAUGGUAACUUAUACUGAGUACCAAGUUUCUGAAUGGUACUCUAAUUUUUAUAUAGGUUUGAUGAAGGGAAAAUCUGGUUAAACAAUAUCUCAUUUGAGUGGUAUGCCAUUGGCCAUUGCGGUUCGGUACACUAUUUUAUGGUCCGGUGUAUUCAGGAGAGUUUCUCCCCAACUGGACAGUACCACUGUCCUUUGGACCUACAACUGAAGGGGGUUCAGGGAUGCAGUGGUACGGCUUGGCAGUAUGGGCCACUUUUACAAUGGAAACAGACAAACUACAGUACAGAACCACACCGACCCAUGCCAUACUGCUCUGUGGAAACGAGGCAUUAUGGAUCCCGACACUCGCACAGGAAACCUUAUUGGUUCGUGGGCUGUCCAGAUAAUUUUGUAGACAAGAAAUCGUGAUUUAUCCUGCCAAUUAGUUUUUCCUAGGACCGCCGUGGAUGACGGGGACAUGGAGAGAGCAGUUGAAACAAAUAUCACUAAAUUUUAUGAUGUUCAAAGUAAUGUUUGUGCUGCAAGAAUAGCUUUUUCUGUGAGUUUUGUUGGCACACAAUGAACUGGAUGUUGAUUAAAAUCUGAGCUAAAUAAAGAAAUAGUCAUAGCAGAGUGAAAAUGCUAAUAAUAGCUAACUACACAACAUAAAAACACAAUUAGUAUAACCUGAAAUAAUCCAUGUCUUCAAAGGUGAGAAACAUAAAUGUCCACCACUUCCUGAUGCCCUUUAAAACAAUGUAACAUCCUUGGACUGUGACUUAUUUCCUCUCGAAGCUAUCACAGCUCUUGGUUGGACAUUUUUUUAAAUCUGAACACCAGUUGGUGCAUAAUAAUUUGGGAUGCUGAAUCUGCUUGUUACUCAAUGUAUCAACAAGUAAUUUCUUUUUGUAAUUGAGAAAGACAUCUUAUUGAUGUUGCGCUGUUGUGGUUAGCUAAACUGGUGUUUAGUUAUUUUUGGUGUCCCAGACUUAUGGCCUUUUGUUUUUUGUUUCUUUAUCUUGUGUCUUCCCUCAUGUCACUUUAUGUAGACACUAGCAUGUUGUGUGACCUCAAAAACUGUUCACAUGAAACCUUUACAGGAAUCCUCAUAGCAAAGUCCAAAGCUUUGGAUGGCGAUUUUUAGCAAUUAAACUGGAGUCAUUGGAUGAGUCUUUACAACGCAUCCUACCAACACUUAGCUUGUUGAUUGGGGUUUUUGCUUUUAACAUUUAAUUUAUUUUCCUACAUUGCCUUUGGCAGUCAUUGUGCAGUAUAGUUCCUAUUUCAACAUCACCAUUGAAAUGACGCAUGGAGAAAAAGAAGUGAAGUUCAGUUUUUCUUUUUGAAGCCAUCAAAAUAACCCAAUGUAAUUUUAGAAGAUAAGCGUUUAAGAUUAACGAUAAAGAUCUAAAUCUUGUGUUCUGUGUCAAUACAUUACAGUUUACAGACUGUUUUUAUAAGUGUAGAAUGUCAACCGUUGUAAAUGUCUUUGAUUAGUCCUUAACAACUGUGUCCUGUUUGUAAAUUAAAUGUUGAACACUUCGCUGGCCAUUAAAACGACUUUUAGUCAUGCUAGAAAUGACACCUUUGACAUUAACACUGUUCAUCAUCAUGUAUCAUUUGAUUGAAUACUAACGGAACACGUUUACAUCAGAUUUUACACUCAAUCUUUUUAAGAGAUUUGUCCUAGGGUUUUCUGUUUCCAUUGUCCUAUGUGCACAAGAUGUAGUUGCCAUUAGUUGCGCUUCCAUCGACCAUAUAAUUGUGCAGAAUGACGUUUCAAAAAUAAAUUUGGUUAAUGGAAA